GAUAUGGAUUGCGGCGCUCCGCCUCCAGCCUUCCUGACGCCAGGACUUCAGAAACGGGAGAGAGAGGGGGAGAGAGGCACCGAGGAAAAGGGAAAAAAAAAAACUUUAUGUCGGAGAGAGAAAAAAAAAACAGAAGGAAAACGAUUAGGGGAACUCGCCACUUCCUUAAAGCAUUGAGGCCUCCCAAAACUCAUAAGUAUAGCGGAUUGCCCUGUCAACCACUUGCAGCUGGAGAUAAGACGGGCCCUAUCUUCUAGAAGUCUUCCUGAUGCAUGAAGUCUCCAGAAACCCAUUUGAGUGAUGAUGGAAAGUGUUUUCUGCAAACCACGCUGAAGUGAAGCUGGUGGUGACAUGUAAUGCCCCCUUUGGUUGGUUGAAGAAUUUUGUGUGGUCCCCUCUCCUCCUCUCCUUUUGAAUGGUGCCAGCAACGAAAGACCCUAGACCUUCCUGGCUUGUAGACUCUUUACCGCUGGAUUGUGCAGUAAGUUUGCUGUACGCACCAAGGUCAUUGCUGCUAAAUUGGACAAAAGCCUGCGGCUGCAGCUGAAGACGGAUUCUAAAUCUUAUUUGUUUCAUCUCCCGUGUUUUACCCCUUUAUUUUGACUUGGGAAAGCGAUACGAGCUUCAGAGUGAGCACCGGCAAGCGUUCCCUUAGUUCUCACCUGAAAACGUAGGUGCACCCCCACACAUCUGCGCCACGAGAGUGUUGUGCAGGCGAGAAGCUGGAGUAACCUGCGCCGCGCUCCUCUUCCUUCUUGACUGGGAACGCGCUGUGGUGAGCCGCCAUGACGUCCAUGUCCAGCCUGUUCUCCUUCACCAGCCCGGCCGUGAAGCGGCUCCUGGGCUGGAAGCAGGGCGACGAGGAGGAGAAGUGGGCGGAGAAGGCCGUCGACGCCCUGGUGAAGAAGCUGAAGAAGAAGAAGGGCGCGAUGGAGGACCUGGAGAAGGCGCUGAGCAGCCCGGGGCAGCCCUCCAAGUGUGUCACCAUCCCUCGCUCGCUGGACGGGCGCCUGCAGGUGUCCCACCGGAAGGGCCUCCCUCACGUCAUCUACUGCCGGGUGUGGCGCUGGCCGGACCUCCAGAGCCAUCACGAGCUCAAGCCCUUAGAGGUGUGCGAGUAUCCCUUUGGCUCCAAGCAGAAGGAGGUCUGCAUCAACCCCUACCACUACAAACGAGUAGAGAGCCCAGUUCUUCCUCCAGUGCUGGUGCCCAGGCACAGCGAGUUUAACCCCCAGCACAGCCUGCUGGUUCAGUUCCGCAAUCUGAGCCACAACGAGCCGCACAUGCCUCUCAACGCCACCUUCCCGGAGUCCUUCCAGCAGCACAGCGGGGGCAACUCCUUUCCCAUCUCCCCCAACUCGCCCUACCCCCCCUCGCCGGCCAGCAGUGGCACCUAUCCCAACUCUCCUGCCAGCUCCGGGCCUUCCAGCCCCUUCCAGCUUCCAGCUGACACCCCACCCCCUGCCUACAUGCCUCCAGAGGAGCAGAUGGGACAAGACAGCUCUCAGUCAAUGGACACUGGGAACAGCAUGAUCCCUCAGAACAUGCCCAGGGGAGAUGUGCAGCCUGUGGAGUAUGAGGAGCCCCGGCACUGGUGCUCGAUCGUGUACUACGAGCUGAACAACCGUGUGGGAGAGGCCUACCAUGCCUCAUCCACCAGCGUGCUGGUUGACGGCUUUACAGACCCGUCCAACAACAAGAAUCGUUUCUGUCUGGGGCUGCUCUCCAAUGUCAACCGGAACUCCACCAUAGAGAACACCCGCCGCCACAUUGGCAAAGGAGUCCACCUCUACUACGUCGGGGGUGAGGUGUACGCGGAGUGCCUGAGCGACACCAGUAUCUUCGUCCAGAGCCGAAACUGUAACUAUCACCACGGCUUCCACCCCACCACUGUCUGCAAGAUCCCCAGUGGUUGCAGCCUCAAGAUAUUCAACAACCAGGAGUUCGCCCAGCUGCUGGCUCAGUCUGUCAACCAUGGGUUUGAAGCAGUCUAUGAGCUCACCAAAAUGUGCACUAUCCGCAUGAGCUUUGUCAAGGGCUGGGGAGCAGAAUAUCACCGACAAGAUGUUACCAGCACCCCUUGCUGGAUAGAAGUUCACCUGCAUGGUCCCCUCCAGUGGCUGGAUAAAGUAUUGACACAGAUGGGCUCUCCUCUUAACCCUAUCUCCUCUGUAUCCUAAUGAUGGGUGGAGGAGGUAGGGAAGUGUAUUUUUAAUUUUUUAUUUUUUUUUUAAUUUUACAAUGUUUGAAUAAAACUCAGCCUUUAAGGCUGAACUGUUUACACUACCUGCAAAAGGGACUUCUUCCUUCAGCACCCAGAAAGAUGUGUAGAGUGACUCAUUGGCUACAAGCAAUCCCGCAGUGGUGAACACUAGUAGUGGCUCAGACCGGAUGAGCAGCUGCAAACCUGUCAUCAUCUUCCGUAUGUUCUCAGCGUAGGAGUCUGCUGGAGACAUCUGGCCUUGAGCAACUUUUCCUUGCGUAAAAUUGCUUUAAAAAUGCUUGUAAAAGAAACUCAGUCUAUUUCAAUAGAUGGUUUGGUAGAAUCUAAAUGAACUGAAUAGUAGUUUCUUCCUCUUCUUAAGCCAUUAUACCAUUUUCUUACUUUAUUUUAUAAGGACCUUCUCUUUGCUAAUAUGUCUAAGCCCAUCUAUUUAAAAAUCUUGGCAUAGUUGUAGUAGUACUCCUAUUACACCCAGAAUCCAUUACAAAUACUUUUUUCCUGUUACUUUGAGGCAAAACACUAAGAUAAUGGCUUCUUUUAAAUAAAGGCAGUCUUAAAACUUUAUCAUGGAUGUCUGUUUUUAAGUAAUUUGUAUUUUCUGUUGUCUUCCAUAGUGUGAAUUAAUUGGUUCCAACAUGAGACAACUGAAGAUGAGUGACGUAUUUUUGUUCUAGAUCAUUUGAUUUAAUAGUUUAGUUUGAUUUUGAAAGUCAUGAAGACUCAUUGUGUAGCUACUAAUUCUCGCCGAUUAUUCUCAUAAGAGGUGUUUAGUAAAGAAGCAAAUGCCAUUCUCUAGACUGUUAAUUGUGCCGUUUCAUGCAGAUGUUACAGUGAUCUUUAUACUUUAGAAAUCAGGUGUGUUAGUCUGUUUUUAGGAUCUUUCUGUUGCACUACUAGGUUUGAAAAUCACAAACUCUAAUAUGCAAAAAUGUGUUAUGUACUAAAACAUCUAAUCUAUGGAACUCGUUAUUGCAGGCAGCACAAUUUAAAUGUAGAUUUCACCGAAGUGUAGAUGGCAGAUAGUCUAGUAUUCUUACUAAAUUCUUUCUUAAUAUUUAGGGUCACGAGAUUAAAUAAAAAAAAUCUUAUUGAGCAGAAGUAGAUAAAUGAAAAAUAUAGCUUCUGAACAUAACAUUUGUCAAAAAUGUUAGCUUUAUCUCUGUUCUUCAAAAGUGUCAUUUUAAAGAACUCUCAGAUUAACCUGUUUUACCUUAGUUUUAAUUAGUUUGUGUUUCUAAAGCUACGAUGAAAGCUAAUUGUUGACAAUUUUUCUGUGCUAGAUUGAUAUUUUUAUUGAAAUUUGUAGUUGUACAAUGGAGCUUAUGGGUAGUAUUUCUGAGAAUCUGACAUUUGCUUGAAUACAGGUAAGCCUAAAUACAGGGGGUUUAACAUUGAAACAUUAUUUGCACAUUUGUGGUUUUGUUGCUUUUCAUGUUUCUUAGAGCAGCUUUAGCCUAUUCUGUAGCUAUGAGAGGACAAGCUGGGAAAGUGUUUCAGCUAGAGCAGAGCAGCAAGUAUGAGAGAAGCAAAUGGUGUUUCUCAUCCUGAAUAUCUGAAUACUUGAAGCUAGUUUCAUGUCAAGUAUAUUUACGCCUGGACUGCGAAGCAGUAGCUUUGCCUGAAUGCCUUGAUGUAUAGAGGUGUAAAAAAGGAGACUUCUAUAUUAAAUGUCUGCUUCAGAAAAAGGUCUCGUAGCUUGUGUUCCAUUUUAAUAUAAUUAAGAAAAAAACAUCUCCUGUCAGUGCACGACAGCAGCUGCUGGACAUUAAUAAAUGCUGACACAAGUUAUAAGAAGGCCAGAUCAGUCAAUAACAAAAUUAGCAUGUGCAAAUGGCAGCGAAUUGAAAAACAAAUGAAGUGUAAAGCAAGUGCCCCGAAUGGAAUGCCCUUUUAUUGUCAAGCAGGAAAUGAAGCAAUACAGAAUCUUUUCAUAUUAGAAAUAAACCUUGCACAGACCUACAGAUUAAAAGAGUGACAGUAACAUUAAUAACCACCAGUUGUCCCUUAGAAAUGAAAGGAACCAGGUUCUUAAUUAAUGGGUUUGCGUGUAUAAAAUGUGAAACUACUGCUUGUUUUGAGAGGCAGAGUUACUAAAGUGUUUCUGAAGCAGAUGUGUUUCCUGAUGAACAGUUCUUCUAAUGCACUACUCUGUGUGUAGUAUCCCAGUAAAAUGAAAAGGCUGUUUUAGACUGCUAAUUUAAUAUGGUAUAGGUGUAAUUUAUUUAUGGCAAAUGUGGAAAGCAUUUUGACAAAUUAAGAAAAGUACAUAUACUUGUGUAUAGUCAUUAGUUAUGUUCUGAGAUACUGUAGUCAAGGUACUUUAAUCAUUGCAGCAAAGCCUAGUGCUUGAGUUCCUGUCCUUUUCCUUUAAGUUUUUUUUUCUUUGAGAAUAAAAUGUCUCACACUUGUAUUUCAUGCAACCACUUGCACAUUCCAUCUUUGUCAUAGUAAAUUAAAAUAUAUUAAACUUUUUUUAGUAUUAAAAAUGAAAAAAAUGUCAAUUUAGUACAUUUGCAGUCACAGUUUCCUUAUGCUUUGAAAUUAAUAGACCCAAAUACAGUACAGUGCAUCUGAAGUUCAUGCAAUUAAGUGUCGAAACAAAAGUUAUAUGAAGAGUUGAAGAAGCAAUGAUUUAAAAAUGCACAUCUAUUUGUUUUUCUGACCUGUACUAUUACCAGGUUAAUGUGCAGAAUACUUACCUACCAAGGUUGUGCCUGUGAAGAAUGUACUCAAGUCUGUAUUUCUUUGAGAUGCUUCACAUUUAUGCCCUUCACCAGAGAUUCUUCUGUGUGGUUUAGGCAUUUUGGAGGAUACAACAAUUCAGUUUCCCUGAAAAAAGUGCCAUAGUUGCAAUGAUGAAAAUAUAUUCGUGAAAAAGUGUAAAAAUGUUUUUUAAAAAUCUGAAGACCUUUUGGGGGUGUGUAUAUAUUCAUUUGUUUCAAACAAAUGUAGUAAAAACAUUCCUUUUGCUUUCAUAGAGAACAUAAGCUCAGCAUACUUACUGGUUCUGGAAGCAAGAUGCGAUCUUUUUUUUGGUCUCGAAUCUCAUUUUACAUGCAACGAGGAGGAGACCAAAGAACUUCCCCGGACUCCAUACUUGCCGUCCCCUUUAAACAUCGAAGCAGUUGCAGCUCUUACUAUUUAGGUCCUCAUUUUCAUUUCUCCAAAGACAUUAUUGGGUUGUCAUCCGGCCGCAGAGCUUAAUGCACUGUGACACGUCGGAGAGGACCGGCAGCUGGCCGUGGAGCAUGCAGAUUAUCGGAAUUCAGCACUUCCAAAGAAAAACGCGACUUUCCCCCUCCUCUGCCCCUCGGCCUGCCGGGUAGCCCCGCAUUGAAAUUCUGGAUCUGAGAGCAGAGCUGACAGCGGCGGCGGAGCAUGUAGUUGCAAGUGACAACACUCCCAAGACCGUGGGCUAUGUCUUUUGCUUUGUUAAUAAAUGGUUAUUCUAAACUGAGUGGCUUGUGAGACAGGCAGGGCACGUGAAGUUACAAAGUGGCAGCGAAUCUGAAGAUUGAUCGAUUUUUAUUUAUUGUUUUGUUUCUUAUUCCAUCCGGGGAAAGGAGUAGGCUAGUUUUGCGUUAUUUGCCCCGGUAUGUGAUUUGGUUGGUUGUGAGGAUUGGAUUCCAGUCACAGUGGCCUCUCUUGCUCUUUCAUUUUAACUGGUGUUGAGGCUGAGGGGUGGGUCACGCUGUUUCUGAAGAGCAGAAAUCCUGCCACCCGCGGGUUUUGUGGGUCACCCUCAAAUCGUUAAUUUCUAAACACAUGGAGCAAUUAUUUUUUGGCUUCUGACGCACUGUAGGUGAUUUCUUAAAUUCGGUAGUUUAGAGAGAUUUAAAAUGUAAAGUGAUCUUGUAGGUUCUCAAGGACAGUAGUUCUAGGAUGUAUUGAGUUAGUUAACUUGAUCAACGUUCACAUUCCACGUCUUGAGGAAUUGUUAAUUUAAGGGUGACUUGUAAAAUGUGCUGGACUGUGAUGUUCCAGGGUCACUCCUGUGAAGGAUCUUCACGCCUGAAAUAAAACGCUUACAAUACAUGGUCAGUGGUGACGUUUACAUAACUUUCUUUAAAGAUUAGUCUUCUGUACACAAUGACUAUUGAAGUUUUUUUUUUUUGCUUUUAUCAUGGAGCGUACAGCAGUGAGAAAUUGAUAGAACGCACAACGGUAGACUGACUGGAUAUGAGUAAUCCACUGUCCUGUGCUUUCCAAUCAUGAGCUCUAUUGGUUUGAUGUAUAGCCAUCUAAAAGCAGUUUCAGCAAUUUCAAUUUCCCUUUGAGUAGAUAAAGGAUGAAGACCAUGUGUAUAAUCUGUGAUUAAUAAAGCUAGUAACCCAUUGACAGCUAAGUGUUCUGACAAGCAGAGCUAAUGGAAUUCUGAUUCCUCAGUUCUGUACUUCUAAAAUUUAAUUUAUGGUUAUAAAACAGAAAUCUUCUCAGUGAAGUACAGGUGAACUGAACAGCUUAAUGUUUUUUUGCACUUGCAGAUGUAAUCAUUUUUAAAAUGUAUUCGAGACAACACCGAAGAAGCCAUCUGAGUUUACCUUGGAAAAUGCAGCAUGUUCAACAUUCCCAUAAGCAUCAAUCUGUCUUCAUCGAUACACUUGCCUUGUAAACAUCAUCUGCUGGGAGGCUGCAAUAGCAUACAGAAAAUUGAUCAUUUGUUAUCUGAGCAAAUUCCUUAAACAUUUUGUAGAUUAUCCCUAAACCUUUUUUUGUAGACCCCAAAAUUGAGCAGAGAAAAGAGUAUUCAAUUAUGUUCACCAAACCAGUAGUCUGGAUUCAGUGUGAGAAUACUUUUAAAAUGCCCAAGUGCCAUGAUAUGGAUUGAUUUAUGUUAACUCUUUGUUUUGAAUCUGAUAAAUGGGUAUCUUUAACUGGUUAACAAAGUUCAUGGAAAAGACUAAUAGGCUGGUAUACACAUUUUCUUUUUGCCAGUGGAAACUACUUUGAAGUUGUCCUUAAGAGUAAUACUGAGGCCAUAUCCUUUUAAAAGAAAACAUUUAAUCUGGUAUACACAAAAAAAAAGAAACUGUUUUCAAUUUGCAAAACCAAAUCAAGAUGUUUUUUUUUUUUAAGGUGUUCGUUAAAUUUGUGAAUUCUAAUUUUUUAUUCUACUUUUGUGCAUUGAGAGCAAGCCCGGCCUUUUCUUUUCUGUUGAUGUGAAUUUUGCAAGUCUGCGCUGGACUGUGGCUUUUAACGCAUGAGGCGUGUUGGGGACUGUGAAUAAGCACGCUGGUAUGUAUGGGACUACAUGCUGCACAAGCCGUUUCAGUAAAAAAAGAAUUGAGAGGUUGGGCUUGCCGAUGCCUCUUGUCCUGCAGGGCAGUGUGGAUGUUGGACGACCGAGUGCCACAGUAAGAUACAAAGUCUAGAGCUCUGGGUCAAGAAUAGUUAUGGGAAGCCAAAGCUAGCCCUAAGUACUUCAGCCUACAGCCUACACUGCUUCCUUCAAUUUAUAGGUAUCAAAAGUUUUCGUAGAGUUAUGCAUCAAGACCAGAGGGGACAGAAUGGCAAAUUGCUUCUUUCCAUCUGAGUCACUCACUACAUCAAUAUGCCUCUGUAAACCUUUACUCCACAAGGCAGUAUCUAUUAACUCGCUCCCUGGGGACCUGCUGCACAAAAUUGAGCAUAUUACUACAAGAAGGCAAAAGGCUAACACAGACUAGGGGAUUUCUACCGCACGCACACCCAGGGGACAAUAAUGGAAAGCAAACAACUAUGAGAGAAGCGGAUGGAAUUAAGAAGGCCACUGGACCAUUGCCUGCCGUAAAAAAGGUUGUCUGUUUGCUUCUGUAGAGUGUUCAAGAUUGAAUGGAGCCUCCCUUACACUGACGGAAGGAAUAACAUGUCUCAAACUCUCUCUCAGGAGUCCCAAGGUGGACUUUUCUAAUGAUCCAGCAUACCGGCUUACAAAAUAUUAUAAAUACUUUCUACCAAAGCGAAACAUGACCUCCAUGGUGGUUUGUACUUUCAGCACCCCUGUUUCUGGAACACAAAGGCAUUCAGUUCUUUAUUCUUUACUUUCCUACAUUUGUGCAUGCCAACAAACUAGGAAACAAAAACUGUUCUGGUGGCUUUAGCAGUACUGCCUCACAAAUAAAAUGAUAUUUUGGGGUUUAUGUUCUCAUGUGCAGCUAACUGUUUGGAGAGAUCUCGUGUUUUCAUCCAUUAAAGGAUGUUUUCCACGUUU